AUGGCCACUCGAUUUAACGACACUUUUACCAUUACAAAAGUGGCCGCUUUGGUUUGCAUCAUUGUAGCUGGCGUGGCCUGGCUCGCACUAGGUAAUACUGAAUACUUUCAAAUGCCUGACGUGCUCAGUGGAAGCCAAACUAAAGUUUCCUCACUGACUUUGGCUUUCUACUCGGGCGUUUUUUCGUUCUCCGGUUAUAGCUAUUUGAAUUUCGUCACAGAAGAGCUCAAGGAGCCCUACAGAAAUUUACCUCGAGCAAUCUACAUAUCAUUGCCAGUGGUAACCCUGAUAUAUAUACUUGUAAAUAUGGCGUACUUUUGCCUGUCUUUCCGUGGAUCAGAGAUCCUCGAGUCGGAUGCGGUUGCGGUAACGUUCGCUGGGAAGGUGAUGGGACCGUUUGCUCCUCUGAUGCCAUUUUUUGUCGCCUGCUCAUGCUUUGGAAGUCUGAACGGCAUUCUGUUCACUUCGUCACGAAUGUUUUUUGCUGGUGCACGAGAAGGUCAACUGCCAGAAAUGUUGUCGAUGAUCUCUAUCGACUACCUCACACCUCUACCGUCGCUGCUCUUCCUUGGAGGUUUAUUUCCAUAUUGUUCAUGCUUGUUGAAUCAGCAUAUUAUACCAGAUUUAGUUGCCUCAAUUGUGAUGCUUUUCGCCGGAGAUGUGCUGACGUUAAUAAAUUAUUGUGCGUUUUCGGAGAGUCUCGUUGUAGCGAUAUCGGUAGCCGGCCUGGUGAAAAUGCGUUUCUCACAACCAGCGGCGAAGACACCAAUCAAGCUGAAUAUAUUCAUUCCACUAGUAUUUCUCUUUUUCUGCUGCCUGUUUCUGGUGUUACCGUUCCUCUCCCAACCACUCGAAUUGAUAGUUGGGCGUGGCGAUGAUUCUGUCAGGCGUACCAGUGUACUUCAUAUUCGUGAAAAGUACGCAAAAUAG